UUUGUUCAAUCCUUUUGCCUGUGGCCAUUCAAUUCUUUAUGCCGGGUGGAAUUUUUCACAUGACAAAAGCACCUCUCACAAAAGUAGAUAAAAAUUCCAAAAACAAGGUCUAUUUUAAAGAUGUUGCUGGCUGUGAUGAGGCAAAACAUGAAAUCAUGGAGUUUGUGCAUUUUCUCAAGAAUCCUAAGAAAUACCAAGACCUUGGUGCCAAAAUUCCAAAAGGUGCUCUUCUGGUUGGUCCUCCAGGCACAGGAAAAACCCUUUUAGCAAAAGCAGCUGCAGGGGAGGCUGGUGUGUCAUUCCUUUCUUUGUCUGGUUCUGAUUUCUUGGAACUGUAUGUUGGUGUUGGCUGUUCUAGGGUGAGAAACUUGUUUUAUGAAGCAAAGAAGUGUGCUCCCAGUAUAGUAUUUAUUGAUGAGAUCGAAGCAAUUGGUAGGGCAAGGGGUCACGGUCACGGAGAUUCCUCUGGUGCACAAAAUGAGCGUGAGAGUACUUUAAAUCAAUUGUUGGUGGAGAUGGAUGGUUUUGGAACCACUGCUGGAGUUGUUGUGCUGGCAUGUACAAAUAGACCUGAUAUAUUGGACAAAGCCCUACUUAGGCCUGGCCGUUUUGACCGCCAGAUAACAGUUGAUAAACCUGACAUCAAAGGCCGUGACCAGAUAUUUCAGAUUUACUUGAAAAAAAUCAAACUUGACCGCGUGCCUUCAUAUUAUUCACAGAGACUUGCAGCCCUUGCUCCAGGAUUUUCUGGAGCAGACAUUGCUAAUGUUUGCAAUGAGGCUGCUCUAUUUGCUGCAAGGACUGAAGAAGCACAAGUCACAAUGGAUCAUUUUGAGGCAGCUAUUGAUAGGAUCAUUGGUGGUUUGGAGAAGAAGAACAUGGUAAUAAGUAAGCUGCAAAGGCGUACUGUUGCUUACCAUGAAGCUGGCCAUGUUGUUGCAGGUUGGUUCUUGGAACAUACUGAGCCAUUGUUGAAAGUACGUGGAACAGCAGCACUUGGGUUUGCCCAGUAUAUUCCAAACGAGAACCUUCUCAUGACAAAAGAGCAGCUUUUUGAUAUGACUUGUAUGACCCUUGGUGGCCGGGCUGCCGAGAAGGUUCUCAUUGGGGCAAUCUCUACGGGAGCACAAGAUGACUUGGAGAAAGUCACCAAGAUGACAUAUGAUCAAGUAGCUGUAUAUGGUUUCAGCGAAAAAGUGGGUCUACUCUCUUUCCCCCAAAGGGAGGCCUCGUUUGAGAUGUCCAAACCAUACAGCAGUGAAACUGGCGCAAUAAUUGAUAAUGAAGUGCGAGAAUGGGUGAACAAGGCUUAUGAACGUACCAUACAACUUAUAGAUGAACAUAAAGAGAAAGUGGCUCAAGUUGCAGAGUUGCUGCUCGAAAAAGAAGUACUUCACCAAGAUGACUUGCUCCGAGUCUUGGGCGCGCGACCCUUCAAGAGUGUUGAACUCUCUAAUUAUGAUCGAUUUAAGCUAGGGUUUCAAGAUGAGGAGAAGUUUUAAUAGUAGUUUUUAUAUGUUAUUCAUUUUAUGCAUAUCCUGUUAGAAGUUGGUUUGAGAAUAUGCUUUUGGAGGAAGCAAAUGCCAAUAUAUUAAGCAUAUUCGCCUUUUGCUAUCAGUGGAUGUUUGCCAAACCUUGCUCCAUCUUUAUAUUUUGUGUUCUUUGUUAA